AUGCCUAGUUUCCAACUUGCAGCCACUUCUGGUCCUACCGUCUUUGUCUCAUUCACAGCACCGGUUGCAAGUUCAAAAGAAUCGUGGCCAAUCGCUACAAAAGGGCAAUGGUACUCGACACCCUCAUUCGCCGCACUUCAAGAUAAAGAUGCUCUCAAAUGGAAAGCAUCAAUCAUCCUUAUCAGCCUCAUAGCCAGCUCGGCCGAUGACGAGUUCAAUGGUCUUGGUGGAUUUGUGACACCCCAGGAUGUUCUUCUCCAGAGCGAGUUUGGCGGCUUGGAUAUCUGA